UGUCUCAAGAUCGCGACAUGUUCCAAAACGUGUUUUGUGUCCAAACUUCCUUCAGAAAUCAAUAAUCAUUAACAAUUGAAAUUUCUUUUAGGUUUUAAUAUUUAAAAUUUUGUUUUAAAAAUGUAGCCUUAACUAUUCUAAAUUGAAGUAUGCACACGGUUUAUCAUUCUCGGCUUAAUAAAUAAAUAUAAACUGUUAAAAAAGAUAACUUUGCACAGUUGACCCAAACCUAACACUCUGUGCCAGGUCAAGGCCAAAUCACGGUUAGGAACUUUGAUUCCCUGUACUAUAAAAAGAGAAAAGUAUAUUUUUCUCAUCAUACUCAUAACUUGGAAUUAUUUUACUGUUUCUCCAAUAAAGAAAAACGUUCAAUGUUCAUAUUUAGAUAAUUACAUUUUUUGUAUCAAUGUUUUAUGAAAUACAAGAAAUACAGUUCCUAAUAUCGACCCUAACCUGAUGUUCUUGAGAGUCUCACAAUAAUUGUAAUGAAAAAAUAAUUAAUAUGAGCAGGUCGCCAAUUUGCGAAACUUCUGAAUUGGCUAAUUACCGUUGUGUUAUAUUUUCAUUUUAAAUAUAUGUAUUCAAAUGAAUGUUUUAUUUCUAAGCUGAUUUUCGCAACUUAAUUAUGAAAAUUUCGCAAUUUUAUGGUUGCAGCAAUUUUUCAGAGAUAGAGAUAAUGAAAGAUCCAAGUCUAAUUGAAGGCGUAGAUAGCGGAGGCUCCGAGUCUGAGGAUAUCAAAGUCGAGGAUGAAGAAAUCGCAUUAGAUGAUGUGGCUGCGUCUUCAUCUGGAUCUAUUAAGCCCUUACACUACAGUGAACCACUCAGAUUUAAGAAUAAGAAACUUAAACCAGUAUUAAUGAAAACUUCUUUAUCUGAAGACAAGCUGGACAGUUUAAUAGAAAAUGUAGCUGAUAUCGAGAAGAAGUUUGCUGAUAUUAAUAGAUGGUUAACGGAAAAGACUGACCAGGGUUGCAUUAGAUCAACAGAAGGUAAAGGAAAGACCACUACAUCCUUUAAAUGUUGUGUAUGCUCUAGUGAAAAGAAAUUUCCCUUCGCAUCGGAGCUCAAGAAGCAUUUAGUUUACUGUCAUCUGAUGUGCAAGAAAGGGGAAAGUAUUGGUAAGACGUAUCAAUGCCCUGAUUGCUUCAAGCUUUAUGCUACUUGGCCCAACAUGAAUGCUCACUACAGAGAGAAACAUAGUCCUGGUAGCUGUGAACACUCUUGUGAUUUCUGUGGUAAACGAUUUAACAGACAGGAUCAUUUUCAACUACACAUUCAGUCCCACACUAAGGAUAAAUCCUGUCAGUGUUCUACCUGUGGGUUAAAGAUUAGUAGACCUUCAGGCCUCUCCAGGCACUAUUCUAUCAAACACCCGUCCCCAUUGUCUGAUGAAUGUAAGGGAAGGUCUCAACAAAUCUGUAGAUUCUGCCAAGAAAAAUUUAAGACAAUUGCUCAUCGAGAGGAUCAUAUUAUCAAUUGUCAUGGAGCCCAGCUUUACUGGGUUAAAGAAGAAAAAUCAAGGAAGCAGAGGGAUGUUCAGAAAAUUCUCAGUCUGGAAACUUCUAAAGAAAUAGAGGCAUACCCACUUAAGCAAGUCCUAAAGGAACUGAAAAGUAAGUAUACUUGUGCUGAAUGUGGGGUGCAAUAUGCUUUUCCUGAAAAUCUACAGAAACACGCCAGGACUCAACAUCAGAUGAUUGAGAAACGACAGUACACGUGUAAUUAUUGUGAUGAGGUAUUUGGAUUCUUCUACGUUAAACAG